AUGGUGGUUGCCCUCGGCCCCCGCCAACAUUCUUUGCCGGCUGCUGCUGCGGUAGGCCAUCCUCACCACAGUGGCAACAACAACGCUGCCGCCGCUGCUUCCGUUGUCAGCCAGGACGGAGACGGGGAAGAAGACCCGCUGGCGUACUACAACCUCUCCGUGGAGGCGGCGAACGACGUCAUCUACGGCUAUGGCAUUGGCCUGGACAUGACGCGCCGAGACUUGCAGGCGAUCGCAAAGGAGAACGGGAAGCCGUGGGACAUUGCGAAAGGCGGCGACGGCUGCGCAGUUCUUUCACCUUUGAUCCUCGCACACGACUUGCAGGCGAGUCACCCACAGCUGUUUGUCUCGGAGGUCUCCGCGCCGGUGUCUGCGAGUCGGGCCGCCAUGGAAGCGGACUCAAUGAAUGGGAGUGGCGCCGGUGUCGGCGCUGCUGUGACGGCGGCGGGAGAGGACAGCCGCGUCUCCCUUGAACUCAAGUGCGGCAACAUCUACCUCUCCGUCAACGGCAGCGAGCGCCAGAAGGGGAACAUGGAUUGCAUGGUGAACACUCCCGCGGAGGUCAUCGCCAUCUUGUCCAAAGAGUAUGUGACGCUGCACGCGGGUGACCUGAUCUUCACCGGCACUCCGGCGGGCGUCGGACCUGUUCGACGUGGAGACGUCAUGACCGCUGGCAUUGAGGGCAUCGGCGAGAUCGUGGUGAAGGUCGUGUAA